UGCGUGCAGUGCAGGCCUGCAGUUGUUCACAGGAGUUUCCCCCACCCUGGGCUGCAGCCGGCUCAGCGGGGUGGGAUCGCAGGACAGAAGACCCGGCAAGCUGGGAUUUGUCUGUGAGUCACAGCAGAGCAGCGCAGGGCUUGGAAUGGGCCGAGGGUAGUUCGCAGGAGGAAAUCCAGAAAGGCAAAAGACGCCUUACUGGCGGACCUGGAAUCCACCACCUCGCAUAUCUCUAAGCGACCGGUGUUUCUAACAGAGGAAACGCCUUACUCAUACCCAACUGGAAACCACACGUACCAGGAGAUUGCUGUGCCACCACCGGUGCCCCCGCCGCCUUCCAGCGAGGCCCUGAAUGGGACUGUGAUUGACCCCUUGGACCAGUGGCAGCCCAACGUAUCCAGAUACGCCCACCAGCAACCUCAGUCCCAGUCUCCAAUAUACAGCUCUAGUGCCAAAAGCUCCAGCACCUCUGUUCCUAGAGACGGGCUCAGCUCCCCUUCUCCCCGUGCCAGUGAGGAGGAACACGUCUACAGCUUCCCAAACAAGCAGAAGUCUGCAGAACCGUCUCCCACAAUGACCAGCACCUCCCUGGGCAGCAACCUCUCGGAACUGGACAGGCUUCUCCUGGAACUGAAUGCUGUUCAACAUAAUCCCCCCAGUGGUUUCCCAGCAGAUGAAGUCAGCAGAAGCCCAUCACUGCCCAACGUGGCUGGACCUCACUAUGUCAUCCCAGAGAGCAGCAGCUCUGCAGGAGGGAAGGCUGCACCCCCUACAAAAGAAAAACCAAAGCGAAAUGGUGGGCGUGGGAUUGAAGAUGUGCGUCCCAGUGUGGAGAGCCUGCUGGAUGAGCUGGAGAGCUCUGUGCCAAGCCCAGUCCCUGCAAUCACUGUGAGCCAAGGGGAGGUGAGCAGCCCCCAGCGUGUCACCGCCAGUCAGCAGCAGACCCGUAUCUCUGCUUCUUCAGCUACACGAGAACUGGAUGAGCUGAUGGCGUCCCUCUCUGACUUUAAGACUAUGUCUCUGAUUCCUGAACCCUCCCUAGAGCCGGUUCCCGAUUCAGCAGAUGCAGACUCCAGCAGCAUCCCUCCCAGUCUAACAGUGCUGCCCCCUUCCAAAUGCCCUUCUGUCAGGCACAGCACAGACGUGGCAGUGCCAGCAGGUGCCCCCUCAGUUCUCUGCCCUGAGGAAGGCAGCAGCACUGUAUUAUGGCCUGCUUCAGGGCAGUGUGCCGCCCUUCCACGCGUACCCUCUUUGCCACAAAUGGUCCCUGUGCCCCCUCCACGUGUCUCUUCUGUUUCUGCUACUCGUGGGGAGCAGUUGGCCUCUGCAAGUUCGGCGAGGCAGACUGGAAAGCCUGACUCUUCCAGGAAGACUUGCCAGGCUGUGCCGGCUCCCAGAGCCGAGCUUCUGUGUAGAUCAGCUAAGGUGGAGGCACAGGGCUUAGAGCUGGCACAGGAGAGUGAGAAGAAGGAGCAGAGAAGUGACCCCAAACUCUCAAGCAUCUCAAUUUCAAACGCUGGAAUAAGUGGCCGAGGGAAGGGGCAGGCAGCUAAAGAGUUGGAUCAGCAGGGAGUGCUCCGGGAUCAUUCAGCCCUUCCUGCUCAAGGCAGAAGUGUGAAAGCAGCUGUAGCUGAGCGGUGGGCCCUGGAGCUGUCAGAGCAUGUACCAGAAGUACACAAGAAGAGUGAUGGCAUUUUGAGUCCUGUGUGUGACCCUUCUGCUGUGGCCCUGGAUCAGUGGGGUGUCUUCCCAGACACUGAAAAACAGCUGGGCUUCGUUGUGGAGCGAGAACAGGAGCUGAAGGCUGAAGUACCACCUGAAAUCCAAGGAGGUGGCUGUCCUGACCUGGUCAAGAAGAGGCAGGGCAGAGAGAGAGCUCCCACGAAGGCAGGUACCACUAACAUGAACAGAGCUGGAGGAGAUGAGGAAAAUGAGCGGAUCGGAAGCUCUGCGGUUGCUCCGGAAUCUCCUGAAAACACUUGGAAAGCUGAAUGGGAUUUGCCAUGCCUCUCCAAGCCACCCAUUGAAAGGAUUUCUGCGUCGGGCCAGAUUAAGUCUUUAAUCAAGAGGACAAAAGAAACCUCCAAUGUGCAUCCAAUGAGUCGUGACCUCUCUCCAAGGCGUAAACUGGGCCCUGCAAUAUUUCACAAGACUGAGUCCCAGGAUCGCUUGAUUGAAGAGCUGCAGGACAGACUGGGGAUUGCUAAACAGGAACAGGAGGAGCAGAAAAGCCAGGAUGACUGGCUGACAGAGGGGGUCAUUAUCACUGCCCGACCCCAGGGGGAAGAGCAGAAUGGUGGACAGCAAAUAGAGAAGGUGGUAUUCCCUCCAGAAUCCCCACACCCCCGAAGGAGAACAGUCUCUGUUUCAGCCUCUCCCCCACUCCAACCUUCCAAUGAAGCUGUGAAGACAGUCCCUGCUAGUGCUUCUCCCUCUCAUGUACCUCAGCUCCCGCUCCCAGCUCAGCCCUCCCAUGCGCUGGCUACCUCAGCUCCAUGUCCAGUCUCCUCCUAUUCCUUCCGCUUGGCUCCCCAGCCGCUUUUCCAGUGGGAAGCUCCUGAUGCUGAUUAUCGUGAGCUCUCUGUUGUGGGCACUCCUCCUCCUGAAGCUCUUAGGCACUCUUCUCCCCAGACCUGGACCCCUAGCACCAAGACAGUUGUUUCUGUUGGCUGUCAAACAGAAGAUGAGGCUUUCUUCCCACGGAUGCAGGUGACCUCUGCUCCUCCCCUCACCCGCAGUGCCAACCUGCUGGCUGCCUCUGCACCCCCAGGCACCCCAAGCCCUGAGAAGUUCAUGGCACAGGGGAAAGCCGGCGGCAGCAGCUCCCCACCGUCCACCACCCCCAAGCCUGGCAGUCAGCUGGACACCAUGCUGGGAAGUCUGCAGUCUGACCUGAACAAACUGGGGGUAGCCACAGUCGCCAAGGGUGUGUGCGGAGCCUGCAAGAAGCCGAUUGCUGGGCAGGUAGUUACAGCCAUGGGGAAAACCUGGCACCCUGAGCACUUCGUCUGCACCCACUGCCAGGAGGAGAUCGGGUCACGGAACUUCUUUGAGCGGGAUGGGCAGCCCUACUGCGAGAAGGACUAUCACAACCUCUUCUCUCCUCGCUGCUACUACUGCAAUGGGCCAAUCCUUGAUAAAGUGGUGACGGCUUUGGACAGGACGUGGCACCCUGAACACUUCUUCUGUGCCCAGUGUGGAGUUUUCUUUGGACCUGAAGGAUUUCAUGAGAAGGAUGGCAAAGCCUAUUGCCGCAAGGACUACUUUGACAUGUUUGCUCCCAAGUGUGGAGGCUGUGCCCGGGCUAUCCUGGAAAACUACAUUUCUGCCUUAAACACCCUGUGGCAUCCUGAGUGCUUUGUCUGCCGGGAAUGUUUCACUCCAUUCAUCAACGGCAGCUUCUUCGAGCACGACGGGCAGCCCUACUGUGAGGUGCAUUACCACGAGCGCCGCGGCUCGCUGUGCUCUGGCUGCCAGAAGCCCAUCACGGGACGCUGCAUCACUGCCAUGGGCAAGAAAUUUCACCCCGAACACUUUGUCUGUGCCUUCUGCCUCAAGCAGCUCAACAAAGGAACCUUCAAAGAACAGAACGACAAGCCCUACUGUCAGAACUGCUUCCUCAAACUCUUCUGUUAAAGGCGUCAUAGACGGGAGCUAAGCAUCUUUCUGCCGCCCCUUGUGGCAGUUCUGUCUCUUUGAACAUUACUGUGAUUUAGGAACCUUUCCAGGCAGGGCUGGGGGUGGGGGCAGCGCUCAGUGCUGCUGCGGAGGGGCAGUAGAUACAGAGAUGAAGUGGGCCAUUACACUGGAACUGCCCUCGCUGUGCCGCGGUGGAGAUGCUCGGUCCCAUCCUUAUGGUGCAUCCAUGUGUGACACCCGGCACAGCGAGGGCACCCCCUGAUCUCAGCAGCGCUCUGUGCUACGUGGCUUAAAGACCAGAGCCUCAGCCACGGCCCUGCAAGGGGCUGCCCAGCCCCGUUACACUGUAAGGAGUCGAUACCACUUUCUUUUUGUCGUUUGUUUGUGAGAGGAAUGAAGGUUUUACUCUGUGGGUCCUUCCUGGUUUGUUGCUCCACGCCUCUUCUCAGCACGUGGGAAGCAAUGGGCGCUGCCAGCAGGGUUGGGUGCAGGGAGUCAGUGCAGCCUUAUACAGCCCGGCCCCAGCCAUCAAUCCAUCAAUCCAUCAGUCCAUCAGUCCAUGAGUCCAUGUGUCCGUGUGUCCAUCCAUCAGGGCCUGAGCUCCUCCUAUGGGGGGGAAGAAGCGGAGGGUUUAAGAAGCCAGGAAUGGAACCCAGCCCUCACUUUCUCUCUGUCCUUCCUCUCUUUUUGCCCACCUUUGGCCUCUCCCCUCCCUGCUCCAGCAAUAACUUUUGUACUGACUGUCACACCGGUCCCGGUUUUACUACGGGAACGAAUGAAACAUCCCGUCUUUGAUAAGAUUUCUACACCGAGUUUUCAAUUCGUAUCUAAUUUUUUUGCUUUUAAUCCUCUUAUACAGAAAUUGGUUUUGAAGUGAUUUUUUUUUGCAGAGAGCGACUUUUUCUAUCAGCGCUGCGGGACGGGGCCCUUAAACCACAACGGGGCCCUAAACCACAACGGGGCCAUUAAACACAACGGGGCCCAUAACCACAACGGGGAGGUGCCGGGCUGUGCCGGGGCUGCCCCUCAUGGCCGCAGGCCGAGCCCUGCCGGUGCCGGGCGCUGUAACCGGUCGCUCCGUGUAACGCAGUCGCUGCGCUUUGCUUCCAUUUAAGUUCUUGCAGUUACGCCAAUAAAGUUUGUACCGUUUCUC